AUGCCCGACAAGAGGUCCGGUGGAUCUCGCUUCGCUCACCCUAGCCACAAGUCUUUCCGAACCAAGCAGAAGCUUGCCAAGGCCCAGAAGCAGAACCGCCCUGUGCCUCAAUGGAUUCGCCUCCGAACUGGCAACACCAUCCGCUACAACGCUAAGCGAAGGCAUUGGCGCAAGACCCGCAUCGGUAUCUAA